AUGGCAGCGCCGGCGAGCCACAGCGGCGGCAGCGAACAGAGCCCGAGCAGCAGCCCCGGGAGCCGGGCGGGAGCCGGGGGCGCCGCGCUGGGAGUACGGGACGGCGGGGACCCGGGAGUCCGGCACGCAGCCGCGACGGCUCCCGGCCUCCCUCCGCUCGAGGACUACGAGUGCAAAAUCUGCUACAACUACUUCGACUCGGACCGGCGCGCGCCCAAACUGCUGGCGUGCCUGCACACCUUCUGCCAGGAGUGCCUGAGCCAGCUGCAGCUCCGCGCCGCCGCCGCCAGCGCAGCGCCUGAGCGCCCGCCGCGCCCGCCGCCCUGGCACGGCCCUCCCGGCGCCAUCGCGUGCCCUGUGUGCCGUCACCGCACGCCGCUGCCCGACAGCCGCGUGCACGGCCUGCCCAACAACACCAAGCUCGCCGAGGCCUUCCCGCUGGCCCUGCGCGCCGCGCAAGACCCGCUGCCCCAAGACCGACUGCCGCCGCUGCCUGCGCGCCGCCCCGCGCCCGCCGCCGCCGCCGCGCCGCCCGCCGCAGCCCCGCAGCCCGAGCCGCCCGCCGAGGACGCGGCUCCCGAGCCUCGCGCCCGCACCGGCCUGCGCGCCCCGGGCGCCUACGAGAGCUGCCAGAACUGCAAGCGAGCCGCGCUCACCGCCGGCUGCGUGUGCGUGGUCUUCUCCUUCCUCUCCAUGGUGGUGCUGCUCUUCACCGGCCUCAUCUUCGUCAACCACUACGGCGGGGGAGGCGGCGGCGGCGGCGGCGGGGGAUCCCCCGGGGCAGGAACCACGCCUGGCACGGGCCCGGCGUCCGGGACGCCCUCGCCCUCCCCCGUGGGACCCAUUUGUCUGUCAGUGGCCAGCAUCCUGGCGCUCUUCUCAGUCGUUGUCACCUGGGUCAUCUGCUGGCUCAAGUACCGGCCCGAGGGCGCGGCCGCCGGCUCUGCGGGAAGCGGCGGCCCGAGGGCGCGGGCGGCGGCGGCUCCCGGCGGCGCGCGGAGGAGCGACACGUAG